UCGGUUACAUGGUUUUUUUCGCCUUUGUUACAUAUAUAUAUAAAUAUACAACAUGGCUGGAUUAUAGAAUAGCCAUCGCUGCGAAUAGGACAUGUGCAAGGCGAGUUUAGUCCUGAUUAAGAACAUCCCAACAAUACAGUUGGAGUUGUUUUAGGGUUAGACGAGUCCCACGUUACGUUGUUUUAAAGAUGCAUAGUCUCACUAAAGCAACGCUGGUUUUAAAUGGAAUUGGGCGGCGGUGUGUUGCUAUGAAUCGUUUUUCAGGAGCAAGAAUCAUUUGCAGGGGACUCGCGUGUGCAGCAGAACAUGAGGAACAUGAAAUGAGCUUUAUGAUGUUAAUAUAUCUGGAGGAGGAAUGGUUGGGACCGCUAUGGCUUGGUCUUUACGCACGGAUCCAAGCUUGGAGGGGAAGAAGAUUCUGCUGCUUGAGGCAGGCAACAAAAAGGUGAUGGACAAGGUCCCAGACGCCUAUAGUACCAGAGUCCGCUCCAUCAGCCCAGGUUCUGCCACCCUCCUCAGUGGUACACAAUUAGCAGCUCUGUUUUCCAUUGGCAGCUAAUAGCAUCCGAAAAAUUGCGGAAACCUCUCUGCCAGCAGAUACACAUGGCUACAAUAGUAUGAGGUUCAUAAAGAACAGUAGGAGUGAAUAGUUGUUUAUAUCCAGUUUGGUAGUCAACAUUAUUGCCAGGGUUGGUUUAUCCAGUUAAUAUGGACAGUAUAUCUUAUCCAAUGACAACAUAGCUCUUGUUUGGGGGGCCAGCUUGCUGUCUGAUUGAGCCUAUUUGAGGUGUGGCUCAGUAGAAAAGGGUGUCAGGAAGUCGGUUAGGGAUCAGUCCCAUUCUGUCAUGUCGCACAUGCUUAGCAGGGAUCAUAGCUGGCCUCUAGUCUACAUCAGUCAUUGAUGGGAUCCUCUAAACUAUUAUUCAUGUCUCCUUGGGUUUUACUUGACACACUGAUGAUGAACUGCAUGUCAAUAAGGAAGUGAAAGUAGUGAUUUGGAUACCCAUCUCUAUGUCAUGCCCAGGUGUUGGAGCAUGGAAUCACAUUAUGAACACGAGAUGUAAGCCCUAUCAGAAGAUGCAGGUUUGGGAUGCCUGCUCAGAUGCCCUGAUUACAUUCGAUAAGGAGAACCUGCAGGACGAGAUGGCAUACAUUGUGGAGAACGACAUCAUUGUGGCAGCCCUAACAAAACAGCUGGAGAAUCUGUCUGAUCAGGUGAAGGUCCAGUACAAAACCAAGGUGGUGAUGUACACUUGGCCCAAGUCUCACCAGGUUGCUGAAUCCAUCCCCUGGGUUCAGGUCACCCUGGCCAAUGGACAGACAUUUCAAACCAAACUACUGAUUGGAGCAGAUGGGCCAAAUUUGAUGGUGAGGCAGGAGGCGGGGAUACCCACGGUCAAGUGGAAUUACAACCAAUCAGCUGUUGUGGCUGUCCUGCAUCUUUGUCGGACACAGAGAGCUCUUUGGUGUGGUCGACUAGCCACCGCCUCGCUGAGGAGCUACUGCAGCUAGUUGAGGAGAGCUUUGUGGACACCAUCAACUCUGCCUUUGUGAGUCAGGCCUGACCCCACCAAAUCAGCUAAUGGCAAUGAGGAACAAGUGCCAAAAUACAGCAGAGAGAGAAAUGGAUAUCUGAUAUAUCCAUAUGUGAUAUGAAAAUAACAUUUAUGAAUGGAAAUGCUCUUGUUAAAAUACCAACAUAUGCACACUGUAAGUGCACCAAUGAACCAGUUAGCCAAUACCAAUGGGUGCACUUGUCACUGUUCUCUAUCUACACUACAUCAUACGUGUAGACAAUGCCAACGUUGCCGGCCUAAAGUUGCUUUCCCAAGCCGGCUAUUUUUACUGGUCCUGCCAAUAGGGUCACCACGGUUCAGUCAUGCUUGCUUUCAGGCCUGGUUCGCUAAUUAAACCUGUGGUCUGCCAGUGUUGGUCAUUACUGCAUGGAAUGGUUUUCAAACUUAGCUAAUUCAACAGCAUGGCCUGACCAGCUUCUUCUUUUAAUUAGAAAGGCUCCUGUAAUGCCGCCAAACCAUUUUGUUAGAAAGGAAAAGUACACCCACUCUGCAUUUCUGCUCUAGUUUGCAUCUUUGUUAACUUCUUCUCUCUAAUUGUCUACCACACCCCUCUCUAUCUUUUCUGUACCGCCCCCUUCUCUGUCUGUCUAUUCCUCUACCCUCUGUUACUGCCUCUCUUUCUCUGUCUCUUCCUUUCUGGCUUGAUCUCUUCCUCUGUCUGUCUAUUCCUCUACCCUCUGUUACUGCCUCUCUUUCUCUGUCUCUUCCUUUCUGGCUUGAUCUCUUCCUCUGUCUGUCUAUUCCUCUACCCUCUGUUACUGCCUCUCUUUCUCUGUCUCUUCCUUUCUGGCUUGAUCUCUUCCUCUGUCUCUCUCUUCCGCUCUCCCUUUGUGUCUUCGUGUCUCUCUCUGUCUCCCUCUAUCUGUGUCGUCUUUGUCUGCCAGUGGCGUGGCAAGAAUCGGCCCAAAAAGCCGGGUCAUGUUCCUCCUGGGCAUGGGCCACGCAUCAGAGUACAUCAGGCACCGGGUGGCCCUCCUCAGGCAAGUCAUCACUCAUCCCUGUGGGACACUGAGUUAUUGAACUUCACAUCGGUUUGCCUUGGAAAACCAUGACUUAUAAUUCACUUGGAAUUUUGUAAAUAGAAGGUUUAUAUGCCCUUAUUCUGUAAAGGUAUAAAAGGGUCAUAAAAACAAUCAUUAUCGACUGCAUCUAAAAAAGAUUGUUGGUUAAUUCCUCAGCUCAAUCAUUGGUAUUUCUGUUUAUUUGAAGGGAAUGCUUGCUCUGGUCCUACCCCAUAGAUGUAGUGACUAGGUCCUACCCUGUAGAUGUGGUGACUAUGUCCUACCCCGUAGAUGUGGUGACUAGGUCCUACCCCGUAGAUGUGGUGACUAGGUCCUACCCCGUAGAUGUAGUGACUAGGUCCUACCCCGUAGAUGUGGUGACUAGGUCCUACCCCGUAGAUGUAGUGACUAGGUCCUACCCCGUAGAUGUAGUGACUAGGUCCUACCCCGUAGAUGUAGUGACUAGGUCCUACCCCGUAGAUGUGGUGACUAGGUCCUACCCCGUAGAUGUGGUGACUAGGUCCUACCCCGUAGAUGUGGUGACUAGGUCCUACCCUGUAGAUGUAGUGACUAGGUCCUACCCCGUAGGUGUAGUGACUAGGUCCUACCCCGUAGAUGUAGUGACUAGGUCCUACCCCGUAGAUGUAGUGACUAGGUCCUACCCCGUAGAUGUAGUGACUAGGUCCUAUCCCGUAGAUGUAGUGACUAGGUCCUACCCCGUAGAUGUAGUGACUAGGUCCUAUCCCGUAGAUGUAGUGACUAGGUUUACAUAGUUUUCUUUGCAGGGAUGCAGCACACUGCGUCCACCCUCUAGCUGGCCAAGGAGCCAACCUGGGCUUUGGGGAUGUGGCCUGUCUCACUAACUUUAAGGAUCUGGGUUAGUGACUAUACUAAACAGACACAAAACACAGCAGACAUAGCCAGUGGUUUCUCAUAAGCUUUUCCCAUAACCCAGGCUAGGACGCUUGCUGUUGUUCUUGAUUAUAAAAAGAACCGGCUUUCCUCCAAAGUUUAUUCUUUUUUUUUCUCCCAUUCUGCCAAGGACUGUACAUUGCUUUUUCAUAGAAAUGGAAAUCCUGUUAUGUGAAUCUUUUAUUUGUUUUAUUUUGAAGUCAGAAUAGCUCCAAUGUAUUGACUGAAUGCAACAAAAAUUAAAAUAAAAUGUUCACAGACCAGAA